ACUACUAUUUCAAGAACAAAAAAAUCUCGACUUUGUAAAAGAAUUUGAUCCACACUAUAGUAUACUCCACCAUGCAAAGGCAUGGUUCAUCCAUCUCCUCCAACCUCCAAAAAAAAACCCACUCCUAAUUGACUAAUAACCUCUCACCACCUGUCCCUUUAGACUUGUAAUAGUACCAUCAUUUUUUUUUUAUAUUUAUUUACAACAAUUAUGAUAAAAUAGUAGAUCAAAAAGCAAAAAAACUCAAAACAAAAACAAAGUAGGUUCUGAAAAGGAAACGAUUUUCACCAUUUUUGGAAGGAUUUGUAGCAGACUAUAACUUGAUCUUCUGCUACUUCUUUCAUCUUUUAUGAUCCAACACGACAAAACUCUUCCUUCAACACCCUUCUCUCUCUUCUCACACUAACUCACACACACACACAAAAAAAAAAAAAUCUUUCUUUCAUCAAAUUUAUUGGGUUUUUUUUGUCGUUUUUUGUUGGGUUAGGUUUUGAUUUAUCAUAUUUCAUAAAUAAAUCAGUAUUGUGUAAGAAGAUCGUUCAUUCUUGCUCCCUAAAAUCAGUAAUUAGGUAGGCGGAUUUUUCAAAGGAGAGAGAAAAAGAAGAGUUGUUGAAGAAGAGAAGAAGAAGAAAUGGCAGUGGUUGAAAAUGGUGUUGUUAAUGGAGAUUUUGAUGUUGAAAAUGGGUCAGUCAAUCGAAGCUCUGAAAUCAGUAGGUCGGAUGAAAAUGGUAUCAACAACAGCAACAACAACAACAUGAACAACUUGGUGAUGCAGAUGAAAGACUGCAAUAUCAACAACAACAAUAAUAACAAUAACGAGAAUAAUAAUAAUAACAAUAACAAUAAUCAUAACAAAGAAAUGAUGGAAUUUGAGGAAAUGUUGUUUAAGCUAAACCCAUCUGCUCAAGAAUUUGUUCCUCCAUCACUUCUCACUAAUCCAACUCAUUUUCGUCGCGCUUUUGUGCCCAAUUUUAUUCCAUCUAUGGAUGAUCCUUCUUCCCCCUUCAGAGUUUUCCCUAAUCACCAAAAUCAAAAUUUCAAUCUCAGAAAGAAUGGUAAUUAUGGUCAAGGGAAAAGAAGGAUGAAUAACAGAACAGGGAUGGCACAAAGGGAAGAAGUUAUCAGAAGAACUGUUUAUGUGUCUGAUAUUGACCAACAGGUGACUGAGGAGCAGCUAGCAUCUCUUUUCAUCAAUUAUGGGCAGGUGGUUGAUUGCCGUGUCUGUGGUGACCCGAAUUCCGUCCUUCGUUUCGCAUUUGUUGAGUUUACUGAUUCGGAAGGUGCACAAGCUGCAUUGAAUCUGUCUGGAACUAUGCUUGGGUUUUAUCCUAUCAAAGUUCUGCCUUCGAAGACUGCCAUUGCUCCUGUUAACCCCACUUUUUUGCCUCAGAAUGACGACGAGCGAGAAAUGUGUGCGAGAACUGUUUACUGCACUAACAUUGACAAGAAGGUUUCUCAAGCUGAAAUCAAACUAUUUUUCGAGUCUGUGUGUGGAGAGGUUCAUCGCUUGAGGAUGCUUGGGGAUCAUCACCAUUCUACUCGUAUUGCCUUUGUUGAGUUUGUGAUGGCUGAAAGUGCUAUUGCUGCUCUUAACUGCAGUGGCGUGAUUUUGGGAUCUUCAGCAAUAAGGGUGAGCCCAUCCAAGACACCAGUUCGCCCUCGUGCUCCGAAGAAACCUAUGCACUAAUUCAUCUAUACUAUUCUAAGGAACAGGAGGAGUGGUUUUUGUAUAUUUUGGACAUAGAUGGCUAUAUGUAAAGAUGCUAUACUCUACUUCUGGUGUUUCUGCCUUUCUGAGCCUGAAUCUUUGUUAUCAGGAAGUAUCAUUUCAUUCUGGGUCUGCUUUAAUGGCAUAUAUAGAGUUGGAUGGAACUUUGAGGAUCUUGCAAGGUUGUAUAUGAUGCACAGCAGAAUGAAGGUGCAGCUGUUUUUGACUUAACAAUACCACUACUUAUAACUUAACCAUGGUUUACCCGUUGUGGUAGCAGUUAUUGAGGAUAUUUUUCUCUA